UCCGCCUCACGGGACUGUCUUAUUUUUCUUCUCGAAUGCUGGCACCACCUGUGCAUUCGAGACACCAUCGCAGCCCUCGACCCGGAAGGGCACCAGUUUAUGUUCGUGGUACAGCACUCACCUCACAGGCAGCAGCCAUGGCUUUGGUUUGGGAUGCCGAGCAAGGCGUCAAGGCAGCAAGCUGGGUGGGGUUUUACAUCUUUUUGUACGCUCUGAUGGCGGCGUCAUGCGAGGUUGGGGUCCCUGAAAACUGCACAAGGGCCACGGAUGCCAUGGACGUGUUGACAGAGCUGCCCUUUCUUUUCGUUUUCGCUGCAUUUAUGUGCGGCAUUCUCAACGGAACCAGGUACCAUGCCCUGUCGAAGAAGAUGUAUUUUCCUGUGUUGGUGAUAGCGAGCGGUCUCGCCACCUCCGCCCUCAUGAACAACGACGGGUUCGAGGGCCUGCAUGACCCCGGAGGAGACCUGUCUCCCGCGGAAGCAGCACUGUCCAUCAUCCUCCUGAUCUUGGUCGCGUUGGUGUUCGCCUACCAUUACUUCCUCGCCUGGAAGUUCUUGCCCGGGGGGUGGCUGGGGUGGGGGAUGGUCUCAGGGCAGGUUGCGGAGCCUCCUCCACCUUCUCGAGCAGAAAACCGAUACCUGCAGUACAUGGCGUCGAUCACCGUGAUUAUGUUGUACAUCGUUCUCUUCUCGGCGUUCGCUUACAGCAGGGGGGACGAGUGGGACUACCACUACGUCCUCCUGGCGUGGCUCAUGUCCCUGAUCGCCGCGUUCGACGACUACAUCAGCGUGGCGUGGCUGGGGAUAACGACCGGCGUGUUUCUGCAAGGGGUCGGGGCGUACUCUUUUCGGGUGUUGAUGCAAGGCAACCACGACUAGAGAGAAGACAGGCGCGCCUAACACGGGCGCCGUAUGGUGUUUACUUUGGGCUGGCAACAACUUCUGCGCGCAAGUUUCUGCACUGUGCACCCCUAAAUGAACUGCACUGGCUGAUGAAAUCACGCCAGUCCUAGAUGGUUUGAGUGUGUUCGGGUUGUGCGCUUCAAUUUGGUGUUGCGGUCUGAACGGUAGCCUCCUCCAGGCUGGUCAUGUUUCCGUUUUGGAGCGAGGAUAUCGUCAUCUUCUUUUCGUCUGCAAGACAAACUUGUUUUUCGUGGCCGGUUGAACGUACCAGGCCAGGUGUUUCAUGUUGCUCAUGGAUUUUCCUCGUUGAUCACAGCAGGGAAUGGCACUGCCUCGUUGCGAGCAAGAUCGUCGGAUCACAGUGUGGGAGAUGUUAUAGAGGGGGAAAUAAUGUGAAACCGUUGGUUCUUGGUGGGUCUUGUUUUUUCUGAAUGUUGAUUUUUGCCGCUCUUUGCGGCACACCAUAAUCCGUGAGCAUUUUGUGUGUACGCUUCUCUGUUGGGAGGCCCGAAAGAGGCUGUCUGUUGAUGUAGUAUCUUGCGGCGUUUUCUAUGAACUGGCAGCUCAUGGUGUCUGAUCAUUCCUCUUGAGGUGUGUUGUUGCUGAGAUCGCAUCAGUUUGGUGGUUGCAAGUUGCAAGUGUUUGAAUUAUCUAUGUUGAUACGGAUUCUCAUGACAGUUUCUUCGCAUUGGGUGUUUGUUUGCUGGGUGUACAUGUAAGCUGUAUGUUUGUGAAGUGAUUGUACGAGAUUGCAAAAUGUUGGUGUCUGGUGUACUACGUUGGUGGUGCUUUCCACUCCUUUUUAUUUGCUGGCUUUGUAUUUCUACCAUCGCGCCUUUGACAGAAUCGAUGCUGAUGAAAGCAUUGACUGUCUGGCGGAUCACAUGCAUGAGUGACAAAGUGGUCUUUUCAACUCUUGUUUUUGAACCCAAGGAGGGCACCUACACGGGUAGGUGUGACAGCAUGUCGCCGCUUUGUUGGCGCUGCCAUAUGUUCCGUGCGAGAUGAAAGCGUACCGUGUGAGAAGAGACGUCCAUGUGCAGGAGUUGAGACCUCGUACCCAGAUGUUGCACGUUCUGGCUUGGCUCCUUUUAAGAACCGCUUCAAACUUAUCUCGCGAAAUGUG